UCAUCAUCAUCACCAUCACCAUCACAAAAUUAUUUUUAUUUAUCAAUCUAAGACAUAUUCUCACCAGCUUUAUGCUUUAGCUUCUUAUCACCAUCAACAUUAAGCAAACCAUGACUGUUCUCAACUAUAUAUCUGUUACUUCAACAACAGCCCCAAUCUCUCCAGACUCCUCAACACCUGCAAUACCUGACCCAAGACAGACCAAAGUUAUUCUCCCAAAGAAGAAGUCAUUGAAAUGGUCCACCGGUGUCGCCCCUGGUGAUUAUGGUGGCCCACCCACCACCACUAAGCUCCGCAAGUACUGGGGCGGAGAAAAAGAGGACCCUUUAACUUCUGAUGAGUUUAUUUGGAACAAUGAAUUCAUGGGCCGCAUGAAGAGAUUGAUUGAGGAUCCUGAUGAGUCUUCUUCUGUUCAAAACACUCCUGUUAAGGAAGAGUCGUCUGGGUUUCUAAGCUUAAAUAGAGUUAUGACCCUUGACAGUCUUGAAGUUGAUUUAAGCAAUGAGCUUACAGCACCUUCGAGGACUGUAUUAGAGCAGCCUGUUGAGGCCGCCAUUCAGAGCAAUGGCAGCCCUUUUCGCAGGUGGAAAUUGGCACCUACACGCCGUGAGCAAGAGAAGUGGGAUAAAGCAACUAAAGCUGCAACUGGAGGCAGUGAUGUAAUGUUUCGAGAAUUGAGGCGGCCUCGAGGGGACCCAGAAGUAUUGGCUGCUCAAUCAAGGGAGCAAUAUUUGAAGUUAAAGAGAAAGUUGCAGAUUCUCACACUUGGUAUAGGUGGUGUUGGUUUGAUCUCAGCUUAUGUUUCUUAUUCUCCUGAAGUUGCGGCUAGCUUUGGUGCUGGUUUGCUCGGUUCGUUGGUUUAUAUACGCAUGCUGGGCAGUACUGUGGAUUCCAUGGCAGAUGGAGCCAAGGGGCUUAUUAAGGGAGCAGCUGGGCAGCCGAGGCUGCUGGUUCCUGUUGUGUUGGUCAUGAUCUAUAACCGGUGGAAUGGGAUCCUCGUCCCUGAAUUUGGAUAUAUGCACUUAGAUUUGAUACCAAUGCUAGUUGGAUUUUUCACAUACAAGAUCGCCACUUUCGUUCAAGCUUUAGAGGAUGCAAUUCCUGUUGUUGAUAAGAAGGCCCAAGUGUAAUAUAAAUGUAAUGGUCUUGCGUGGUUCUGGGUGAAGGAAACUGAUGAUGAUGGCACUUUGAUUGGGAUUUUUUGGCAUCGAAGUAUAAUGGGCGCGGUGGAAGGCUGGCUAUCAUUAUUUUCUUUUCUAGUCUCCAUACUUGAAGAAAGCAAACAAUAUAUUAUAUUUUUUCUUGUAUAAUUCUCAUAUUAUAUGAUAAUUAAUUACCCUCUCUCAUCUGAUGAAACUAUUGUAUC